GGCGAGUGGAAACGUUGCUUUCCAUUCCCCCGUCGUGCAUCGCCGUCGUGUCUUGUAAGUCGUUCGUGGCUUCUGGAGACCCUGUCUCAGGGUUUUCUUGGCAAGAUGGUGAUGGAGUUUCCCGAUAAUGUGUUAAACCUCGAUGGACAUCAGAACAACGGAGCACAAUUAAAGCAGUUCAUCCAGCGGCAUAGCAUGCUCAAGCAGCAGGAUUUGAACAUUGCCAUGAUGGUGACAUCGCGCGAAGUCCUGAGCGCGCUCUCCCAGCUGGUCCCAUGCGUCGGAUGCCGUCGUAGCGUGGAGCGCCUCUUCUCUCAGCUUGUCGAGUCUGGGAACCCUGCCCUCGAGCCCCUCACGGUCGGGUCGAAAGGCGUCCUCUCCGUCACUCCGAGCUGCAUGCGAGACGCAAAGAAGCUCUACACGCUUUUCUAUGUGCAUGGGUCCAAAUUAAAUGAAAUGAUAGACGCGAUUCCAAAAAGUAAGAAGAACAAGCGAUGCCAAUUGCACUCCUUGGACACGCACAAGCCGAAACCCUUGGGGGGUUGCUGGAUGGAUGUGUGGGAACUCAUGUCCCAGGAGUGCCGGGACGAAGUAGUCUUAAUCGAUUCCAGUUGCCUGUUGGAAACAUUAGAAACAUAUCUGCGAAAGCACAGGUUUUGCACUGACUGCAAGAACAAAGUUCUGCGGGCCUAUACCAUUUUGAUCGGGGAACUGGAUUGCAACAAGGAGAAGGGCUACUGCGCUGCCCUCUACGAGGGGCUGCGCUGUUGCCCCCACGAGCGCCACAUCCACGUCUGCUGCGAGACGGACUUCAUCGCCCACCUCCUUGGCCGAGCCGAGCCCGAGUUCGCAGGAGGGUAUGAGCGACGGGAGAGGCACGCCAAGACAAUUGACAUCGCCCAAGAGGAGGUCCUCACCUGCCUGGGCAUCCAUCUCUACGAACGGCUGCACCGCAUCUGGCAGAAGCUCCGGGCCGAGGAACAAACGUGGCAGAUGCUCUUCUACUUGGGGGUUGAUGCGCUCCGUAAAAGCUUUGAGAUGGCUGUGGAACGCGUGCAAGGCAUCAGCCGGCUGGAGCAACUCUGCGAGGAGUUCUCCGAAGAGGAGCGAGUGCGGGAGCUCAAGCAGGAGAAGAAGCGGCAGAAGCGCAAGAACAGGCGGAAAAAUAAGUGCGCGUGCGAGAUCCCUGCUCCCUUGCAAGCGGCAGAAGAGAAUGACGUGAGCCAGGAGAAGGAAAAUUUCUUGGAAGGCGGCUGCAAAGCCUGUGGCGGGGCGGAAGAGAGAGGCACCUGCGUUGAAGUUAUCGUUACCAAUGAGAACACAUCCUGCACUUGUCCAGCCGGUGGCACUUUACUGGGAUCACCUAAAAUAAAGAAAGGUUUAUCUGCACAUUGUAAUGGCAGCGACUGCGGCUAUUCUUCCAGCAUGGAGGGCAGCGAAACAGGAUCGCGAGAGGGCUCCGAUGUAGCUUGCACUGAAGGCAUUUGCAACCAUGAUGAAAACGGCGAUGACCCCUGCCCCCAUCGCUGCGAUGACAAGGAAGAGGACGGGGACAGUUGCGUGGAGUGCUGGGCCAACUCAGAAGACAAUAACCUGAAAGGCAAAAACAAGAAGAAGAAAAAGAAAAACAAGAAGUGCGAGGCCGAGCAUAUCCAAAAGCUGGGGAGCUGCAUUGUGGAGGCGAGCGCGCACGAGAACUCAGGAACCGCCGUGCACACAGACUUCUACCGGGACAAGACCAAAGACCCGCAUGCCGAAACGUGCUCCUGCUCAGAGAAGGUUGGGCAGCCAGUCCCUUGGGCAGAGCACCGGAAAACAGUGCUCCUAUGCGCAGAGCCUCCCGAGGUGGCCUCCGCUCCCGAUUCUGGAAAGGGGGCUAAAAGUUUGGUGGAACUCCUUGACGAGUCCGAGUGCACUUCCGACGAGGAGCUCUUCAUCUCCCAAGACGAGAUCCAGUCCUUCAUGGCGAACAACAAGUCUUUCUACAGCAAUAGAGAACAAUACCGGCAACACCUGAAAGAGAAGUUUAACAAAUACUGCCGCUUGAACGAUCACAAGGGGCCGGUUUGUAGCGGAUGGCUGACCACCGCCGGAGCAAACUAAAGCCAAUAAAACUAGCUCUGUCUUUCAACGGGAAAAUUUCGAAACGAGUACUGCGCCUUUUCUCUCUUUAAAAACACAACAGAAUACUUUCUUUAGCGACUAAACAAAAAAAAAAUCUAACCUUUAAGGAAAAACAAAUCAAUGUGGCUGGUUUUCUUUUUUCGUUUUCCCUUUUUUUCGUUCCCCCUUUUCCUUUCCCCCCGAUAACAGGCGACCCCAUUAAUUUGUGGCUUUUCUUCUUUCUAGGCUCAUACCUUCGAUUCUUUUCUUCUUUAAAAACAAAAACCUAGAUCGAGACCUUUCGUAAUUUAAGCCAUUUUUUUCCCUGUCUUCUUUCCGUUCAACGUUUCUCUUUAACUGUGACACUUAAAACGGAGAAAGCGACACGCGACUUAGUGGCAAAAAGUAAUGUUGUACUUAAUAAUUCUGUACAGAUAAAAACGAAAAUGGGUUCGGUAUAAAGAUUUUACAAAAGUAGACAUCCAUUUGCAAAAAAAAUUAAUAAAUAAUAAUAAUAAUAAAUGAAAUAAAGAAAUGUUCUGGAUGUAAUAUGUUGGAGCGCAAUGUGCGGAAUUUAAAGAAUAAAGAAUAUUUAUUAAUACGCAUAGUAAAA